UUCUAGUAUUUUCAUUGGCUCCAGUAGUUUGACAAAUGGUAGUUCGCUUGAGGGCUGCUCUGUUUUAAAUCUUGUCACUAUCACGUAUUGAGUUAUGACAUUAGGUGGUGAUCUUGAAGAAGCACUUUCAGUAUUUGGAGAUUUAAGGAAGGGACCAAGAGCAGAAUAUUACUUCAAAUGGUCCGUUCUCAGUUUUGUUUGCUGUUUAUCAAUCCAUCAUAUCAUCAGCCCUUGGAUAUUCACGCGAUACAAUAAGUUAUAUCGCAAUCUAUCUCGGGCUCAAAGAAUGGAAUGGGAUUCACGUGUAGUCUCGUCAAUCCAUGCAACUAUUGUUAGCAUUCUUUGUGUUACGGCGCUAGCUACUAAUGUUGAUCUGUGGAACAACCCCGUUACAUGUGUAACUCAUGCUGGUCUUACGGCAUUAUCAAUUUCCAUCGGUUACUUUUUAUGUGAUGCUGUUUCCAUGCCAUUCUAUUGGCAAAAUAAACAGUUAAUCAUAUUUCUCCUGCAUCAUUCGGCCGCAAGUUUUGCAUUUUACUACGUUGUGCGUUAUCGAAGUUGCGUAUUUUUCGGUGUUUAUCGACUUACAACGGAGCUGUCUACACCUUUCGUCAAUCAAAGGUGGUUCUAUCGUACUAUUGGCUACAAACCUGACCGCCGACGAGUCGCAUGCGUAACGUUGAUAUUUGCAAUAUUUUUUAUCAUAACACGUAACUUAAUGAUUUUACCAUUUUGGUUAAUAUCUUAUGUAUCUUACCGAUCUGAUCCUUACCAAAUCUGUGUUAAAUCUGUCCCACUUAUUGGUCCUAUUUUUCUCACGAGUUGCGGAUUACUUGAUUGUUUAAAUAUCUAUUGGGCCUUUCGUACCUGUCGUCUUGGCUAUAAAGCUGCUAAACUAUUAUGGACUGCAGAUUGGCAAAGUGAUAUCCAUAAAGCUCGAGCACAUUUACACAAACGUUUACGUAAUCUGAAACAACGUGUUGUUUUCAAUGCCAAAACUGAUCCAAGUUUAAAACCAGGAUUAACAGGAAACCAUGACAGUAAUACGUCGUUAAAUGAACAAAUUGGCAGUGAAGUCUCCUCAAUAAAUGAUUCUAGUUCCGACAGUGAACUGGAGUCGAUCUAUUCAGAUUUAGAUUCUCAAGUAUCUGCUGAAAACGAUAAAGAUGCUAAUAAGUCCAAUACUAUUCAUUCAAAUUUAUCUGGAGAUGAUGAGGUUAAAUUAGUUCAUCGAUUGUAAAAAUGUAAUAAGUCCAAGAUUCUUUUUCACGUGAAUAUGUAUGAAUAAAUUUUCCAUUUUAAUGACUAAACUCAAAAUUCAUCCAGUUACUACUACUGCAUAAUAUAAAAAUUCUUCAUUAUUUUUUUUGUAUAGUUCAUAUAGCAUCUUCUUUUGUAGUACAAAACAUAUUGUCAUUUUUCUUCUUACUAUUUAUUUUCACAAUUUCAAUGUUUUAUGUAAUUUAUUUUAAAGAGACAUUAAGUAAAAUAUGUGUCCAUUUAUGUUGAUGUUUGUUAAUUUAUUAUCAUGACUUCAAUGGAUAUAAAUUGCUUUCUUAGCUUUUGUUUACUUUCCCCUAUGGGUACCAAAACACGAAUGUUUGAGAUUCUUUUCUCCCCUCUUAAAUCUAGAACUUAUAUUCAAAUAUUACUCUAAGUAAUCGCUUAGUUUAAAAUUAGCCAGUCAAGGAUUUGAGCACGUCAACCACUUCACUUUUCUUGACAGUCUUAUUAGUUUUGGGUGGUCGGUAGCUGACAAAAGGUUGAUCUAACUUUAGGAUAUUCGUGUCGCCUGUUGAGCAGGUACUAUGUUCAUUUGUUUAUCAAACGUCUAGCAUUCAGCUUAGUAAUUCUUUAUGUAACUGUAUAGAGUGCAAAGCAACUUAUGAAACAAGAAAUACGCAAUCUGUUGGCAUUUGACCAUAGAAGCUAUUAAAUUGAUUUUUUCGUAUAUGGCUGAGCUACCUCGUAAGUAAUGGCAAGUUUACUCAAUAGAAAUGCUAAACCACAUGAUAAGGUUGUAAAUCUUUAUCGAUAGUUGUACUUGGGAUAUGUUAAAUAUCUUUAGCCGUGCGUUAUUCCUAUAUGUAGCAUAAAUUGAAAGGUUGGCCUGAUUAUACGUAAUUAGAGCAUUAAUAUAUAGAUCUACUGACAUUUGAACUACUCUGUCGAUUAAUUCAAACUUCCUCGUUCAGUUUCACAAAAUAAUCUUGAACCGUAGUUUGAAAUAGUAAAUACGAAUGCUGUGGAUCGUUUGUAUUCAUCUUCUAUUUAUCUUGAGUUUGAUUGUUAGUUCUUACUUUCUGGCUUUAUUCGUUCAUUUCGAAAUAUGUUCCUGACGUCACAAGUCAAAUAAAAGUCAUUGUUAUUAGGUGGGCUCUUGUAUUUUUAAAGGGUCAUGAAUUGUACACCUCUAUAAUUUUUAUGAAUUUGCGGUGCUUGGCCACUGAUUAAUAAACUUCUAUUUAUAAGUAAAGCAAUAUGUACGCUAUGGUAUGAUUGUAGUUGAUAAGUAGGUAAUUAAGAAGUACUAUUCCUAUUCACGUAAACACUGGACCCAAUUUUCCGGGCUUUUUAGUAUCCUUAAGGGGUUCACCUUUAAUACGAGAAUUUAUAGUACUACUGAAUAUAUAUGAAAGAGGUUGUCAUUUCCUUUCUGUUCCAAUCGUGUUGAGAAACUUCGAAAGAAAACCCUUUUGCUAACGACUGUAGUGAUCUGGGAAUGUGACCGCAGUUGCACUCAUUCUUCUUAUUUGCUUAGAAUAAACUAAAAUUGUUUUGAUGAUUUCAAUCACUUUCUUUAGUUGUGUGUUAGAUGCCUAGUCUUUUCUAAUAC